UGUUGUUCAUUCAUAGGGCUCUCUAGUGUCAUUUUGAUGAGGUGGUGAAUGCUGGAAAAGGGAAGUGGGGUACUUUGACAAGCAAAUGAGUUGUCUUCUGAACCCUACUUAACAUUUUUAGCAGCAUUGAUCCUUAACAAAUACCCAUUUCCCAGGUGGAUGCCUCAGAUCAUUAAGUUCACAUUUUUGGGCACUUCUCGGCACCGGAAGUGCUCAAAUGCCAUUGUAAACGAGGAGGAAGGGAUCUAAAAUUUCAAUUGCUGGUAUAAAAGCUUCACUCUUAUAUUCUUUCUACAAGAUUCCAUGUUCAAGUUUUUUUGGGGAAGACACAAAGGCUCUGUGACAUGUCAAAGUCGAAUGCAGCCAUAGUUGGGGGUGCUGCAGGGGCGCUUGCAUUCUUGGCAAUAGUCAUUGUACUUGCGUGGUUCUGCAAAUCACAAUGUAAGAGCUUUUCAAACAAGAAUUCAGAGACAGGUUCUUCAGAUCCAUCUGCAGUAGCGGAAUGGAAUAGAGGUGGACCGAGUUCGGCGGCAGCCUCGUCUGAGGCACAGGGAGCCAAACAGUUCACAAUGAUAGAAUUAAAACAAGCUACAAAGCAUUUCAGUGAAAGCAAUCUCAUUGGCUAUGGACGUUUUGGACCAGUUUACACGGGUUUUCUCAGCGAUGGGACUGUUGUGGCUAUCAAAAGGCGUCCAGCUCCUCCUCAACAUGAUUUUGUUGCAGAGGUUAGGUAUCUGUCAGAGAUUCGACAUCGCAAUCUAGUUUCUCUUCUUGGUUACUGCCAGGAAAAUGGAUCUCAGAUGCUAGUUUUUGAAUAUUUGCCCAAUGGAAGCAUGAUCAAUCACCUAUACGCUACUGGAAUAGAUUCAUCAACCAAAUUGGAGUUCAAGCAACGGCUAACUAUAGCUAUUGGGGCAGCUAAAGGUUUAUGCCAUCUUCAUGGCCUAAGACCUCCUUUGGUGCAUAAGAACUUCAAAACAGCAAAUGUCUUGGUUGAUGAGAACUUCAUUGCAAAGGUUUCAGAUGCAGGGAUCUCAAGACUGCUUGAAAAGAUAGACGAAGCAGGUCCAUCUCGAACAUCCAGUGUCAAUGUUUUCCGAGAUCCAGAGGUAGGAGCAUCAGGGACGAUCUCUGAAAUGAGCGAUGUGUACAGCUUUGGGAUAUUUCUCUUGGAGCUUGUGACUGGACAGGAGGCUCUGCAUAUUGACUCCUUGGGAUCUAAUGAAAGUUUUUUCCGUUGGGUCGAAUCAAGGUUGAGUCUAAAUGAUUUUGUGGACCGAAGACUGGGGGGAAGUUUCACCGCCGAGGGAAUGAGGGAUUUGAUCAGGCUGACACUACAAUGCGUGAGUUUUCCAGGAAAAAGGAGACCAAAGAUGGAAAUGGUUGUGGUGGAGCUUGAAAGUAUACAAGAGAAAGAGAUGGCAAUGACCACAGUCAUGGGUGAAGGUACUGCCAUAUUUACUUUAGGCAGUCAGCUAUUUACAUCAUCAUGAAGAUGAGUUUUCGUUGGUGUUUGUUAAUGCUUGGGCCAAGCUUAAGCUCAAAACACCGCAUCCAAACAAACAGCUAGCUAGCUGUUUGAUUUAUUAUUUUGGGAGACACGAAGAGAGGUCAAAAUGCUGUAAUUUUUUUUAUUUGCUAAGCCAAACUACUACGGUUGAAACCCAUGUAAGUAUGAUUGUAUAAAGUCAAUGAAGCAAAAUAUUAUUGGCUUUCCAUUAAGA